AUGUUGGUAUCGCGAGCCGCUAUCAUCGCGACGUUCUGUCUAGCGAAUCUAGCGACUGCCGCAGACCCAUCUGCAUCCACUAGAGUCAUUGAGUCGACCUCGAUCACGACCAGGAGGCCCAGCGAACAGCCCUCCACACACCCUGACGACAAGAUAAUGGGGCCAUGCGGUGGCCAUAUCAAAGAAUGCGGAGUUCACGACAAGGCCAAGAUUGUAUACAUACCUAAAAGUACCGUAACAAUCACCAACGAGAUUGUUUCGACUUCAAUAACGACACUUCCACCGCAAAUCAAUUACAUCACCGAAGUAAAGGUGGAAAUAGUCAACAACGUAACUCAAGGUCACUGCCGUGAAACCGUCUGGCUUGACGGUGACGCUGUCACCGUCAAAGUCGAUGUUAAAAUCGUGGAUAUCGAGGAAAUCAUUCCCAUUUCCAACGUAACUGUCUAUACCACCACCACCGUCACUGCUAAUGCAACUGAACAAUGUUUCGUUGAAAACACCAAGACCCUCCAAUCUGGCCCCCCUUCGUCACGACAGCCGGCUGAGCGCUCAGCUACGACGAGCCUCAGCCCUUCUGCAAAUGCAGAUGCGGCAGUGGGCACUGACGAAUCCAGAGAGGGUUCUUAUCCUGCGAGCUUUGGGUCAGAGGGUGUUGAAAACCUACUUGUUAGACAAGAUGAGUUAGACUUGGAAAGUGAUUAA